CAUCUACAUUGACUCGAAAGAUGAAAGCAAAGUAAAAGAAAAUUUGUUUUUGUCAUUCUAUUUUGGAAUAUUUUAUUUAAUCAUCAGGGUAAAUGGGAAUUGUUAUCGAAAACACAAGGAAAAAAAGUGAAAAUUCAAUAUGCAGAAGAAAAACGAAAACAAGAACGAUCACGUCAACAAGAGUUUGAAGAUGCUCAACGACGAGAAGAAAAAUUAGAAGAAGCAAAACAAAAUGUAAUCAAAGAAGAUAAAUCAUUGUCACAAGCAGAAGUGAUCAAAAUUAAAUAUGUACGAAAUUAUCAUGAUAAACGAGUGAAAAUAUUCGGAUGGGUACAUCGAAUCCGAAGACAAGGCAAAAAUCUCACAUUUAUCAUUUUACGUGAUGGAACAGGCUUUCUUCAAUGUAUAUUAACAGGAAUUCUUUGUCAAACUUAUGAUUCAGUUAUUUUAUCAACUGAAGCAUCUAUAUCCGUCUAUGGCAUUGUACGAGCAGUACCUGAAGGACAAAGUGCACCUGGUGAUCAAGAACUAGUAGUUGAUUAUUUUGAAGUAAUUGGACAUUCACCACCUGGUGGUACUGAUACAUUAGUAAACGAGGAAUCACAUCCUGAUGUUCAACUCGACAAUCGACAUAUGUUAAUACGUGGAGAAAAUACAUCGAAAAUUUUACGACUUCGUUCAAUUGUUACACAAUGUUUUCGCGAACAUUUUUUUGAUCGAGGCUAUUAUGAAACAUUUCCUCCAACAUUAGUACAAACUCAAGUUGAAGGUGGUUCAACUUUAUUUUCAUUGAGUUAUUUUGGAGAACCAGCUUAUUUAACACAAUCAUCACAAUUAUAUCUUGAAACAGCUUGUCCUGCUUUAGGUGAUGUUUUUUGUAUUGCUCAAUCAUAUAGAGCUGAACAAUCACGUACACGUCGUCAUUUAGCCGAAUAUACACAUAUUGAAGCUGAAUGUCCAUUUAUUUCAUACAAUGAUUUACUUGAUCGAAUCGAAGAUUUAGUUGUUGAUGUGAUUGAUCGUCUAUUGAAACAUCCUGAAGCUCAUUUAUUACAUGAACUCCAUCCAAACUUUCAACCACCAAAAAAACCAUUCAAACGUAUGAACUAUAGUGAUGGCAUUGAAUGGCUUAAAGACAAUGAUAUUAAAAAUGAAGAAACUGGUAAAUUUUAUGAAUUCGGUGAAGAUAUACCAGAAUUACCCGAACGAAAAAUGACAGAUACUAUUAAUGAACCUAUAUUAUUCUGUCGAUUUCCAGCUGAAAUCAAAUCAUUCUAUAUGCAACGAGAUCCAAAUGAUAAUCGUUUAACUGAAUCGGUUGAUGUAUUGGUACCUGGUGUUGGUGAAAUUAUUGGUGGUAGUAUGAGAAUGACAAAUUUUGAAGAUUUAUCUGAAAGUUUUCGUAAAAAUGGUCUUUCACCUGAACCAUAUUAUUGGUAUUUAGAUCAACGUAAAUAUGGUACAUUUUCUCAUGGUGGUUAUGGUCUUGGUCUUGAUCGUUUCAUGACUUGGAUUACCAAUCGACAUCACAUACGUGAUGUUUGUUUUUAUCCUCGUUUUAUUGGUCGUUGUCGUCCAUGA